AUGAAGAUUCUAUGUGUGGCAGAAAAACCAUCAAUUGCGAAGGAAGUGGCAAAUAUAUUAGGAGGAGGAAGAGUACUGGUACGAAACUCAAAAAACAAAUACAUCAAAAACUAUGACUUUAAAUUUGCCUUUCCAGAUCGUGGCCUCUGUGACGUGACAAUGACCUCAGUUGUUGGGCAUAUUACAAACCUUGACUUCCCACCACAGUACCAGUGGGGCAAAUGUGCUGCAGAAAGAUUAUUCACGGCGGAGAUAAUAACGAAAAUAACAAAGCAGGACGUGUUUGAUAAUAUAGCGAUUGAGGCUAGAAACUCAGACAAAUUGAUGAUAUGGACCGAUUGUGAUCGUGAGGGAGAAUUCAUUGGUAAAGAGAUCUUUGAUGCCGCAAAGAAGGGAAAUAGUCGAAUUUCGCUUAGUGAUGUUUGGAGAAGCAAGUUUUCUCAUCUUGAACGAAAUCAUAUUCUACGUGCAGCCAAAUCCCCUAUUGAAUUAGACAUGAAAGCAGCCUCAGCAGUGUCGUGUCGAAUGGAGCUCGAUUUUAGAGUUGGCACGAGUUUCACGCGGCUUUUAACGGAUAACCUAAAAUCAAAGAAUAUUAUUGAUAAGAAGGACAUAGCUUCUUACGGUACAUGUCAAUUUCCAACGCUUGGUUUUGUCGUCGAUAGAUACAAGAGGGUAAAAAGCUUUAAGCCUGAACCAUUUUGGUAUAUUGAACCUAUGCUACGAAAGGAAAGUAAGAGAACUACAUUUAAUUGGGUAAAGGGUCACAUCUUUGAUCGGCUAUAUGUUUUGCUCAUGUAUGAAAGGUGCCUUAAACACGAGCAAGGCGAGAUCACCAAAUUGGAAACAAAGCCAACCUCGAAUUACCGUCCAUUACCGCUCACUACUGUUGAGUUGCAAAAAGAUUGUGCUAAGUACUUUAAAAUGUCAGCGAAAGCCACUCUUGAAGCUGCAGAGAAAUUGUACAAUCGAGGUUUUAUAUCAUAUCCGAGAACAGAAACUGAUAAGUACCCUCCUACAAUGGAUUUUAAGGGCAUAUUUGAGAAGCAGAAGCAAGAUCUGCGAUGGGGACUGUAUAGUGGAGGACUACUAAGCAAUGGCCAUGAACAGCCAAGAAAUGGGUCGCACGAUGAUCAUGCGCAUCCGGCAAUUCAUCCUGUAAAUUACGUUUCGAUUGACUCAUUGGGCAGUGCCAACGAAAAGAAGGUAUAUGAGUAUGUUGUACGACGAUUUUUAGCAUGUUGCUCAAAAGAUGCCAAAGGUAUGUUGACACUGGCAACGUUGAAGUGGGGUGAUGAGUUUUUCACAGCAAGUGGACUAAUGGUCACCGAAAGAAACUAUUUAGACAUAUUUACUUACAAAAAGUGGGAAAGUUCGAAACUGUUACCAAGUUUUCACGAAGGGGAAAAGGUGAAGAUUUCGAGUGGGUUGAUGAAAGAAGGUAAAACAAGUCCACCACAAUUGAUGACAGAGCCCGAAUUGAUUGCCUUGAUGGAUGCCAAUGGCAUAGGUACCGAUGCAACAAUUGCAGAACAUAUUGAUAAAAUUUUGUCACGUAAAUAUGUCACUAAGGUGAAACGAGGUAAGGUUGAAUACAUUGAACCUUCACCUCUAGGUAUUGGCCUUAUUGAGGGAUUUGAUAAAAUGGAAUUUAAUGGGAUUUCCCUAUCAAAACCGUUUUUACGAAAAGCAUUGGAGAAUUCAUUACAGGAUAUUUGUAAUGGCACGAAAACGAAACCAGAAGUUGUGGAAGAAAUGAAACGAAUAUAUCACGACGCAUAUGGUAUAUGCUCGCAAAAGGUUUUACUUUUGACCAAUGAAUGUAGAACGAUAAUUCAAUCUAAUACAAGGUAA